AUGUCCGAAAAAAUUCAAAACGUUAAGGAUCAGACUGAUUCCGUCUCAUUGGUUGACAUUGACGAGCAUCAUAACAUUUUGAAUGAUUCAAAUGUUAAUAUCAAUGAUUUAUUAUUCCAAACCAAAGGCUGGUGGAAAUAUGGCCAUUUCAUAAAGUUACAUUUUUUUAUUUCGUUGAUUGCUUUGGCUUCUACAAAUAACGGUUACGAUGGUUCCAUGUUGAACGGUGUCCAAGCUCUUGACUCUUGGCAAAGCACCAUGGGUAAACCAACUGGAUACAGAUUGGGUACGCUUGCUAACGGUACUAUGUUUGGUUCGAUUCUUGCUGUCAGUGUUGCUGCUAUUAUUAAUGAUAGAUGGGGUAGAAAGUACGGUGUUCUCUUUGGUUCAAUUAUUUCUUUUGUUGGUGGUAUCUUGCAAGGAGCCUCAACUAACUACGCCUUCUUCUUGGUUUCGAGAAUGAUUAUUGGUUUUGGUGUUGCUAUUGCUUUGACUGGUGCUCCAGCUUGGAUCGCUGAACUUUCAUUCCCAAGUUACAGAUCCUCAUGUACUGCUGUCUUCAACACCUUGUGGUACUUGGGUGCCAUUCUUGCUGCUUGGAUUACUUUCGGUACCAGAAAUAUGUCAGGGGACAAUUCUUGGAGAAUUCCUUCUUACUUGCAAGCUGUCUUACCUGGUCUUCAAGUUUUGACUUUAUGGUUCUGUCCUGAGUCUCCAAGAUGGUUGAUUGACAAUGGUAAAGAAGAGAAAGCAAGAACAAUUCUUCAAACUUACCACACUGGUAAUGUUGAUGACGAAAGAGCACAUGCUUUAGUUGAAUUUGAAAUUAAGGAAAUCAAGUCUGCUUUGGAAUUGGAAAAGUUGUAUGCUAGCUCUACUUAUUUCGACUUCAUCAAUAUCAAGACUUACAGAAAGAGAUUGUUCUUGAUUUGUUUUACUGCUUUCAUGAUGCAAAUGUCUGGUAAUGGUUUGAUUUCUUACUAUCUUGUUUUGGUCUUGGAUAGUAUUGGAUAUACAGGUAGUACUGAACAAUUGAAGAUCAACGGUUAUUUACAAGUUUUCAACAUUAUCAUUUCUGUUGGUGCUGCUCUUCUUACUUACAGAUUCAAGAGAAGACACCAAUUUUUGGUUUGUGUCAGUGGUAUGCUUUUCUGUUACAUUAUUUGGACUAUCCUUUCAGCUAUUAAUCAACAACGUAAUUUCGAAGACAAGGGCUUGGGUAGAGGUGUUCUUGCCAUGAUCUUCUUGUUCUACUUUUCUUAUGAUAUUGGUGCUAACGGUUUACCAUUCUUAUAUGCUACUGAAGUCUUACCAUACUCUCAUAGAGCAAAGGGUCUUAACAUCAUGUACUUCACCCAAUUAUGCACUCUUGUCUACAACGGUUAUGUCAAUCCAAUUGCCAUGGCAGCCCUCGAUUGGAAAUAUUAUAUUGUGUGGUGUUGUGUUUUAGCCUUCGAAUUGGUUAUUGUCUAUUUUUUCUUCGUUGAGACUUUCGGAUAUACCUUGGAAGAAGUUGCUAUUGUCUUCGGUGAUGAUGGCGGUAAUAGAUUGGGUAGACUCUCUUCUUCUGAUGAAAAACCUGCUUUCGAACACUUGGAGGACGGUAAUUCUUCUACAGGGAAGAUUGGUGAAAGAGUUUAA